ACAGCGGCCAUUCGGUAAACUUUAAAAACGUGUUUACCGGACCAGGCGGCAGCGUAGCAAUUGUUGGCAAUUGUUGUUUUCCUCUGCGCGUAUCGCCAUGGAUAUCGUAAAGGAAGUGCUGCAGCAGCAGCAGCAGAAUCUGCAAAAGUACAAACCGAUCACGGUUGAGAAGGCGCUGGAACCGACGAUCGACGUGGGCCACAUGCUGGUGAGCGAUCCGAACUACUACGACGAGGAACAGAUGAAAGCGGACCGCGAAAAGUACGUGCUCGAUUUGACGCGCGACAAUGUGCAGCUUCUGAUAAACAGCAUCUGGCAGCUGCCGACGGAGCGGGUCGAGGAAUCGAUCGUUGCUAAGCUACCGCCGCCGAAGGCCCCGUUGCCGCGGGCCCGCAAGCUGCCCGUCCCGAAGCCGCUCACCAAAUGGGAGGAGUUUGCCAAAAAGAAGGGCAUCAAAAAGCGCACCCGGGACAAGAAGGUGUUCGACCCGGUGCUGGACAAAUGGGUACCGACCUACGGCUACCAGCGGUACAAGGCCGAGAAGGAGAAGGACUGGGUGCUGGAGGUACCGCAGAACGAUCCGUACCGGGACAUGUUCAAGGAGAAGCGCGAUCUGCGCCUCGAGCGCGUGGCUAAGAAUGAGGUGGCGCGCAUGAAGAACAUUGCCCGGGCGAAGAAAAUCGCCACCCCGCGGACCGGUUUCGUCGGUCCCGAGACUGCAUCCGCCAAACAGCUCAUCACCGCAUCGAACAUAGUGAAAGCGUCGACGGCAUCGGUGGGAGUGUUCCAGGAGUCGCUGCCGAACGAGAAGCAGGCGCGCGGUCUCGGCGUCAAGGAGCUGAUGCCGGGCGAGAAGCGCAAGAAAAAGGUAUCGUCCGUUGCCGGCGAAAAGCGGCGCAAUCUGGAGAUAGUGAAUAAGGUGCUGAACAAGAAGCCGAAGAUCGACAUCGAUCGGGCGAUCUCGCUACAGAAGGCGGAAGCACGCGCAGAACGCGAGGCAGAGGAAGGCGGAGAGGACGGUGGAAGGACGAAGAAAAAGGGAGGCAAAAAGUCGAAAGCGUUCAGUCGCAAGAAACCGAAGGGUGGGCAAGGCAAACGAAAUCACAGCAAGCGGGCCGUUGGUCGGAAACGUCGUUAAGCAUAAGGCAUUGGCAGGAUAAUGGUAAAAAAACAACAUACAAUUAUACAUGAAUAUAUAUCAUUUAUAUUAACGUAACACGAAA